GCUGUAAAACCUGUUGUCCCAGUUGGACACCAGUUGGGUGUGUAUAUUUCAUCACAGCAGCGUGUUGAUAUUCACGUUCUUGUGUGACUGAGGCAUUUGGUGACAACUUCACGAACGAGUCUUAAGACUUUGGACUAGCUUUCUGGCGGUCUAACGUUACAGUCUAUUGAGCUUGAGUUACCAAAAUGGCAGUUUUCCAUGUACUUUUGAGCUGGACUGCUUUGUUUCUGCUCUUUCUGAUUUUCAUAUCGUUUCUUGGUUAUUGCUUAUAUGUUAAACACAUUCAUACGAAAUAUGACCACAUACCCGGGCCACCGAGAGACAAUUUUCUCUUCGGACAUUCACCGACCUUUUUAAGGGUAAUGAGAAAAGGCGACAUCAUUCACGACACGUUUCUGGAAUGGGCCGAGACAUAUGGGCCUGUUUGCAGAAUAAAUGUUCUACAUUACGUUGCGCUCAUUGUGACCUGCCCAAAAGCGACCAAGGAGAUCCUGAUGUCCCCAAAGUAUCCAAAAGAUAUAUUCUACAGCAAAAUCUUCAACCUGUUUGGUCAAAGGUUCCUAGGUAAUGGCCUGGUAACAGCAAGAGAUCAUGAGAAGUGGUAUAAACAGCGGCGGAUCAUGGACCCUGCGUUCAGCAGCUUGUAUUUGAGAGGUCUAACCGACACCUUCAACGAGAGGGCAGAGAAACUGAUGACUACACUUACAGAUGUCGCUGAUAACAUGACAGAGGCCAGCAUGCUCCACCUCAUGAACUCUUUUACCCUUGAUGUUAUUGCUAAGGUUGCAUUUGGAGUGGAUUUAGACCUGCAGGAGGAUAGAUCAAUUUUCCAUAAAGCCAUCGAGACAUGUCUGAAAGGGAUGUUCUACACAGCCAGAGACCUCUUAUAUGAGUACAAGCUGAAGAACCGACCAUUCAUUAAGAAAGUGAGGGAAGCUUGCCGCCUGCUGCGCACAACUGGAGCUAAGUGGAUUAAUGACCGAAAGACUGCCAUGGAAAACGGCGAUGACGUCCCCAAGGACAUCCUCACACAGAUCAUCAAAACAGCCGGCAAAGAGGAAAGCAUAACUAAAGAAGACGAAGAGUUGAUGUUGGACAACUUUGUGACAUUUUUCAUUGCGGGGCAAGAAACAACUGCUAAUCAACUGGCUUUUUGCAUCAUGGAACUUGGGAGACAUCGUGACAUUCUGGAGAAAGUGAAGAAAGAGGUGGAUGAUGUCGUUGGGAUGAAACAGGAGAUCAGUUAUGAUGAUCUGGGACAACUGGUCUACCUCUCACAGGUGCUGAAAGAGACUCUGAGGAUGUACUCGACAGUUCCAAUCACAUCUCGUGAAAUACUGGAAGACAUUGUCAUCGAUGGAAUCCACAUACCGGGAGGAGUCUCAUGUUAUUUCAGCUCCCAUGCGACUGGGAGAAUGGAGAAAUUCUUCAAGGACCCGCUGACAUUUGAUCCAGACAGAUUUCACCCAGAUGCUCCCAAGUAAGUACCAUACAAGUUUUCACAAAAUUACACAUUUUAUUUUUAGUCUUAACAUUUUAGAACACUGAUCGUUGUCCCAGAUUAAA